CCACGUGGGAGAGCUGAUAAUGGCGGCCUUGGCCCAGCCGGAGGCCGUCGGCCGGGGAGGCCGGGGCGGCCCUGGCAAAGGUCGAGGGCCCCUCCGAGGCCGUCUGGCCAAUCAGAUCCCUCCUGAGAUCGUGAGUGACCCAAAGCUGCAGGAGGCCAUGCAGGUCCUGCCCUCCAACUACAACUUUGAGAUCCCAAAGACCAUCUGGAGAGUUCGGCAGGCCCAGGCCAAAAAGGUCGCCCUGCAGAUGCCAGAAGGCCUUCUCAUGUUUGCUUGCACCAUCGUUGACAUUCUGGAAAGGUUCACAGAGGCUGAGGCCAUGGUGAUGGGGGAUGUGACGUAUGGCGCCUGCUGCGUGGAUGACUUCACUGCCCGGGCCCUUGGAGUUGACUUCCUGGUGCACUAUGGCCACAGCUGCCUGGUGCCCAUCGAUGUUUCGGCCCAGGGUCUUCGGAUGCUCUAUGUUUUCGUAGAUAUCCGGAUAGACACUGCCCACUUACUGGACUCAGUUCGAAUCACCUUCCCCCCAUCGACUUCCUUGGCGCUGGUCAGCACCAUCCAGUUUGUAUCUACGUUACAAGUAGCUGCCCAAGAGCUGAGGACUGAGUACAGAGUUUGUGUGCCUCAGUGCAAGCCGCUGUCCCCCGGAGAGAUUCUGGGCUGCACAUCCCCUCGGCUUUCGGAGGAUGUGGAGGCCAUCGUGUAUCUUGGUGAUGGCCGUUUCCACCUUGAGUCUAUCAUGAUUGCCAACCCUGGCGUUUCUGCAUACAGGUAUGACCCAUACAGCAAAGUCUUGUCGAGGGAGCACUAUGGCCACGAGCAAAUGCAAGCUGCCCGCCAGGAGGCCAUCUCUGCUGCUCGUUCUGCCCGAUCCUGGGGCCUCAUCCUGGGCACCUUGGGCCGCCAGGGGAGCCCCAAGAUCCUCGAGCAUCUGGAAUCCCGGCUUCGCCACUUGGGGCUCUCAUUCUUCAGGCUGCUGCUCUCAGAGAUCUUCCCUAGCAAGCUCAGCCUAUUCCCAGAAGUGGAUGUGUGGGUACAGGUGGCCUGUCCACGCCUCUCCAUUGACUGGGGCACAGCCUUUCCCAAACCGCUGCUGACCCCGUACGAGGCAGCAGUGGCCCUGAGGGACGUCUCCUGGCAGCAGCCCUAUCCCAUGGACUUCUAUGCGAGCAACUCCUUGGGGCCGUGGGCAGUGAACCACGAGAGCCACCGGAAGGGCCAGCGGCCGCAGGUGAAGGGGUCCGUGGCUACGGCGCCGACCGUCGGUUGCAAUGACUGCGUCUGCCUUGAGGAGGCAGCGCCUUCGCCCACGCUCUGAACGAGUGCGGCUCCUCCCCUUCCCCUCCCCUUCCCCUCCCCCAACCUGGCUACGCCCCUUGGGUUCGGCCCGCCCCAGUCACUUCCUGUUCCGCUCUCGGCCCAGCGGUUUCCGGUUGUCGAGGCUGGGGGUCGCCAUGUCGGAACCACGGCCUUUGCUGCGGAUUCUGUGCCUGGCCGGCUUUAGACAGAGCGAGCGCGGCUUCCGCGAGAAAACCGGGUCUCUGAGGAAGGCGCUGCGGGGCCGUGCUGAGCUCCUGUACCUCAGCGGCCCGCACCCCAUCCCAGAGCCCGCCCCCGCGCCUGGGCCCUAUUCCCGGGAGGAAGAACCUCGAGGUUGGUGGUUUUCCGAGCCAGAGGCGGCCUCGUUCUCUGCCCUCGAAGAGCCGGCCGAAUGCCGAGGCCUGGACGAAGCCUUGGGUGUCGUUGGGCAAGCCAUGGCCCAGCACGGACCCUUGGACGGACUCUUGGGUUUUAGCCAAGGGGCAGCGUUGGCAGCCUUGGUGUGUGCGCUGGCGCAGUCUGGCGACCCCCGCUUCCCCCUCCCUCGAUUUGUCAUCCUCAUUUCUGGUUUUCGCCCGAGAGGCCCCAGACUCACCCUGCCUUUCCGGCAGGCCCCCUUGAUGUUACCUUCCCUGCACGUGUUGGGAGAGACUGACAGGGUCAUCCCUACUCGGGAGAGUCUUGAACUGGCCGCCUGCUUCUCAGGCGCCGUCACGCUCUCCCACCCUGGGGGCCAUUUCAUUCCAGCAGCUUCUCCCCAGCGCCAAGUAUAUCUCAAGUUCCUGGACCAGUUUACAAAGUGAGAUUUCUGGAUUCCUUGGAAACUCUCCGACCCAACAGACCUUUGAAGACACUUGAAGCUCCAGACCAGCCGCUCCUUUACAGCAGCCUUGACAUGGCUACAGGUCCUGGCCAUCACUGAUCAGCCAGUAGAGAAGCUGGUACCCCUGGGCUCAGACUAUGCACAUCUUCCAGAGAGGAGCAGAGUUGAGAACUCUGCAGGCAGAUGAAGGCAGAUUCAACUGGGAAGAGAGCAGGCUGGAACACACUGGACAGAUUUUCCCUGUGCCGUAGGUUCUACAACAUGAAAUGAGCUGAUUGACCUGUAGGGAAUUUAAGGCAGGUAUAUUGGGCUAAAAGUGGACAGGAAAUGGGGUGGAUUCCGAGGAAUGUUAGUACUGUAAUUGCCACCCAAUAAAGCAAAUAUUUUGAUAUUUGA